AUGGGAACUGCCAAUGCAAAAGCCAUGCAGGACAGAAGCUAUAAUGAGAAAGGGAGUUGGCUAAGAUUGAAUGAAAAAGCUGAAAACCCACAAGACAUUCUCAUAAUCUACGAAGAAGAUUCAGAAGAAUGGGCGUCGUAUUUAAAGUCAAUAUUCAAGCACAUCACAUUAGAAAACGGAAUCUUGCUUUACAAUAUAGAUGCUGCGUCUCUUCACCACUUGGAGCUGCAAUCCUUGUGCUCUUACACAUGUAAACUACUGAUAUUGUCGAGUGGGCUUCUAAACUGCCUGGAUUUAAACAAAAGUCUUUUUUUGGAGGAGGUUCUUCAGCCUCCUGAAAAUGUGGUUCUUCUGCUCUGUGGGGUUGAGAAUUCAGCCAUUCUGUAUGAGAUACUCAAUACGGACAAAAGCAAUCAGGUGAUUACCACUGAUCAAAAUCCAGAGGUCUACCUGGCAGUAAUUGCUGACAUUAUUCAACACGGCUUGCCUGGGCUACUGUCAUUGGAUUUAGAACAUGCUUUGAAGAUAGAAGACAGUGCAGUAACUGAGACAGACCCUGAAACACUGGAAAGGCCAGCAGUCUUAGUGCUACCCACAAGGAUAUCAUGUGAGAACCCUGAAGAAAUAUUCAUUCUUCUGAGAGAUGAAGUCCCCAGUGGCUCAGUAGAGAUUGAGUUCAUGACAGAAAAUCAGCGAAUCAGGACUCAGCCAAACUUCUGGAAUCAAAACGUCAUGUUUAUGAAGACGCUCAAUUUUCCUGCUGGCAUUGUAAAUGUAAUUGUUUACUGUGAGGGAGUCAUUAAAGCAACAACACGGAUUGAAUAUUACACAGCAGCAGAGGAGAUUGAAUGUAUACUUCAGAAGGUGGCGGAUCCAGUAGCCUUUGCUUGUCAGGCUUCCAAGUUUUCUUCAGCUGAGAAGAUUGACAGGAUUCUCACAUUCCUAUUGACAAGCCCUGCCAUUUCUUACGAUUUUAGUGAUCUUCCAAACAAAGACAAGGGUCAUCAUCAUCAACAGACAGGCUCUCAUUUGGAAGAACUUCCUACUCUUCUCCACUGUGCAGCUAAAUUUGGACUAAGGAAGCUUGCUACUGUUCUCCUCCAACAUCCUGGGGCUAUUCAGGCUUGCAAGGUAACCAAUAAGUACGGAGAGAGCCCGGCAUGCGUUGCAGCGAAGCACGGCCAGAAAGAGAUUCAGGAAAUCAUUAAAGAAUUGUCAAUUCAUGAAGAUGACUACAAAAGACGUGAACAGGAGGAAGAGAAAGUGAAUUCUGAAGAUGACAUUUACAUGAUUAUGAUGCGCCCAGAACCUCUUCAUGAUGGACAUUCCUACAUGCCAAGGACAAGAGAACAGCCUGGAUUCUGCUGGGAAAUCCAGAAUGAAGCAGAAGCAGAAGCUGAAGCAGAACAGGAAGAAGAGGAAGGCACAGCCAAAGAAAGGGCUGAUGAAGAAGCAAAUAAGAACAUGGAAGAGUCAUAUCAAGAAGAUGACAGCUUGUAUGCUACUAUAGAUGAAGGGGAUCCUGAAGCCAACACAAGAGACAUGAACGAUGGUAAAGGGCCUCCAUUGCCACCUCGUGUUCAGCUGACAACCCCAAGACAAGAUGAACCUCUCUAUGUGUCUCCAGAACAGGAAAUGGUUAAAGACAAAAAGAAAAAUGAAUAUACAUUUGAAGGCCUGGAAGAAGAGGAUUUACCCAGGGAAGUAGGAGAGGAAGAUCCAUACGCGACUGCACAGUUGGAUGAUGGUGUAUACGAUGCAAUACUGGCUAGCGCUACUGAAAAACGAAGAAAAGAUGGUAGAUCCUUUAUUAUGAACCGGCCGCCAGCACCUGCACCUCGUCCUUCAUCUGCCCCUGUAAAAGAGGAGGUCAUGUCUUACAUAGCACAAGUUUUUCAGCAAAAGGCAACCAGGAUUCCUGCGGCUAAUGAGAAGGCAUUGUAUGCAGUCAGAAAACCAGACCGAGUUUAUGAUGAUAGGACUACUUAUACAACUGUCAGGCCAAACAUCCCACUGGAUCAAGAACAACUAAUCCUGUUACAGGAGGAGGUGAAAAGGGGGAUAAUUUCGGUGGAUGAAGCCGUGGAGAAAUUCAAACAAUGGCAGAAUCAUAAAAGUCGAUUAGAAGCCCCCCAGCAGGAAAAAAUGCGUCAGUGCCAAGACUCUAUUACCAGAAAAACACCGGAGGAGGAAGACUUGCAUGUCUCUAUGAAAAAAGGAAGAAACAAUCCUAAUUCCGAAAACGUUGUCUACUCCAGUCCAUUUAAAAAGCAGGUCUUAUUGGAUGAUAUUAUUGAAUACAUGCAAGAUUCAGGCAGGUAA